AUUAUUAAAAAUUAAUUAUUAUCAAAAAAUUAUCCGAUUAAUUUUUACUUGUUUUCUCGUUUUAAUCGCUGAAAAUCGGUCAAAAAUCAUAAAAAAAUACAAGGAAGUACCGAGAAAAAUUCAAGUUAAAAAAAUAUAAAGGACGAAAAAAUCCAAAAAUAAUAAUAAUCAUCAUCAUCAACAUCAAGAAAAAAAGUGUUAAAAUAUAUAUUUUUAAAUCAUUGAGAGCGAAUUUUUAAUAUAUUUUUUUUUCGUAUAAAAUAUAAACAGAAGAAAAAAUUUCUUGUGCGAUAAAAAGAUAAAAAUAGAGUUGAGCAAGUUUGUAAAAAGAAAAAAAAAUUAAAAAAUAAUUUCAAAGCAAAAAAAAAAUUCGUAACAUGUCUUGUAGUAGUAUAGUAGAGACAGACAGUAAUAAACGUACAAGUGAGUGACCAUCAACAAGACCGACGGUCUCUUAAUAAUUUUAUUAUACAGAAAAAAAUUUUUUACAUUUUUUCCUAUCCAAGAAAAAAUAAUAAAAAAUAAAAUAAAAUAAUUAAUUAAUUAAAAAAAAUUGUGAAAAAUAAAAAAAAAUAUUUAAUUAAAUAAAAAAUUAAAUAAAAAUAAAAUAAAUAAAAAUUGGAUGAGUUUUGACAGAACUCAACGCGGAAAAAGUUUAUUAGAAACGAUUAUAUUUAUGUGAUGUGUAGCAAUAAAAAAAAUAGUGAGAGAUAAAUUUACGACGAAAUUUUAUUGAAUCAUCAAAUGUAGAAAUAAUUCAACAAAAAUCAAUUGCACUGGACUGGAUACGACGUGUCAUCACUUCAUUAGAUGAUGGAUUUUCGACUGAAAUAUUUCAUUAGCUAUGCAGUAUUUGUGACAACAAUCUUUCCAACGCCAAUUUAUGCGGACAGUGGUAUCAGCGGCAGAAGGCAACCAUGUACAAACGAAAAUGAACCUGUUCCUGUGUCAUUCCUAAAAAACAUUACAAACUGUUUUAAUUGUAUUUGUAAGAAUGGAUUCGUUGAAUGCGAAUCGGAGAGUUGUCCCUCGAUCGACGACUGCUAUAUUCUCGUGCAAAAAGCAACAGGUGGAUGUUGCGACAAAUGUAAAGAAUGUGUGUAUAAAGGCGUAACGUACUCAAGCGGCACCGAAUGGACCCAUCCCGAUGAUCCGUGCACGCACUUCAAAUGUCUCGCUGGCGUUAUCACGGAAUCGAAUUUGCAGUGUUACACGCCGUGCAGCAGUCCGCAUUUGCCGGGACCCGGGCAAUGUUGUCCAACGUGUGCAGGAUGCUAUUUAAAUGGACAACAUAUUCCCGAGGGCAGGGAGGUGUCUUUGAGCGAAGAUCCUUGUGUGAUUUGUCGAUGCACGGGAAAUCGAUUGAUGUGUGUGAAGAAGGCGUGUCCCGUGUUGCAAUGCCCGAAAACGAAGCAGUUGCAGUUGCAAGGCGAAUGUUGCCCACGAUGUACGGAUCGGAUGAAGGAAACGCAUCCAAUUCCAGGAAAAUGCAUUUUAGCACGUGGCUUCCAUCCGCACGGCAAACAAUACAACGCAGAUCUCUGUUCAAAGUGCACGUGUCACAACGGCACAUCCGUUUGUCGUCGCAACUCGUGUCCCGUACUGGAAUGCGCUCCCGAAUAUCAAGAAAAACCCGAUUUCGAGUGUUGUCCGCGUUGCAUGCGUCAAGCUGAAGUGCGUUCGACAUGCAAACACGAAGGAAAAGUCUAUCAGAACAACGAAACAUGGAGCAAUGGACCUUGUCGCUCCUGCGAAUGUCGUGCUGGGGAGAUUCGUUGCGCCCUCGUUCAAUGUCCUCAAACCCCAAAAUGCCGCACAAACGAGAAAUUGGUCUUCAUUCCGGGUCAAUGUUGUGCGAAAUGUGUCGAAAAUCCCGCCGUUUGCACCGUUUACGGGGAUCCGCAUUACAAAACGUUCGACGGAAAGCACUACAGUUUUCAAGGUUCGUGCAAAUAUCAGCUCACGAAGGAUUGCGUGGAUAACGUUUUUGAGAUUCGGGUGACAAAUGACGCUCGCGGAACGCUACAUUCGGCAUGGACUAAAACGGUGACCUUGAAAAUGGGUUACAUCAAGGUCAAUUUGGGGCAAAAAAUGCGCGUGAAGGUGAACGGGACGCGAGUUAUUGAAUUUCCGUACGAGCAGUAUGGACUGAAUAUCACGAAAAACAAGAAAGAGGGCAUCACAGUCGACACAGACAUCGGAAUUCGCCUUUCGUGGGACGGAAAUAACUUUUUGCAGGUAGAGGCCGCCACUAAAUACAAGAAUAAACUUUGCGGCUUGUGCGGAAAUUACAACAACGUGUUCCGGGACGACUUGAAGCAUCGCGACGGACGAAAUAUGUCGGAUAACGAAGUGUGGAAAUUCGCCAGUUCGUGGCGCGUGGGCGGAAGUAAGGCUUGUACGCGUCCAAAAGACGAAAUUAAGCGCCCUCUAUCGAUAUCGGAUGCAUGUAUAAGACGCCCCUCGGCGAAAUGUCGCCCCCUGAAUUUCUCCACAGACGUUUUCAGCGAUUGCCAAAGUCACUUGAACCCCGAAAAGUAUUGGGAAGCGUGUCGCAUGGAUAUGUGCGAGUGUCGUUCGAAGUUUUGUUUCUGCGAAAGUUUCACGGCAUAUGCGCGCGAAUGCCAACGCCAAGGCAUCGAGUUACCGAAUUGGCGCGAACAAACGAAUUGCACGUUGCAACAGAUCCAGAAUCGAACGCAGCUCGCGAUACGGGAAGCGCGAUUGUUGCAGCACGAAAGAACGCGCAAAGAGAUGAUGCGCGACUAUCCGGGACUUUUGCAUCAUCAUCGACUGCAGAAACAUUACAAGAUGCGAAGUACGAGAGCGCCGCCUCCGCCUCUUUUUAACUAAAUUUUAACAUUUUUUUUUUUUUUUUUGACAAAAAAGCUGCCAUCUUCGACAAAAAAAAACUUUUUGAAACACUUGAAACGUUCCAACUGAAUGACGGAAAAUUUUUUUACGAUCGCUUGUACUCUCAAGUUUGGUUCACGAGGAAAAAUUAAAAAUUCCAAAGAACAAUCCUGUGAACGAAACAUUCAAACUUCUACUCUCUCUCGUUACUUUUCUCUAAAAAAAAAAAUAAAUUUAAAAAAAACGCUCGAUCGAUGUUGCGCUUAAUUUCAUCGUGUUCGCAUAAUAAUUCAGCAUCAGUAUUUUUAUAUAAAAAAAAUUAAAUAAAAAAAAAUAAUUUUUAUAUAAAUAUAAAAUUUUAUGUAGAUACCAGAAUUUAAAAAAUUAAGAUUUAUU